AGGAUUACGGGGAAGUUUGAGUUUGACUCGAGGCUUGUAUUAGUGAGUGUUAUUAUUCGGCCGCGGAGGACGGUUGUCCGGGAGAUCGGUUGAGAGGAAGGCGAGGUCAGUGCUCGGCCACUCUGAGAAUUUGUGGCGAACUAAGAGCUAAUGGAAUUGCUGAUAUGGAUAAUUUAGCUGAAGAGACGUUUCAAUCUUUUGAGGAUGAGGCACAUUACUGGAAAGAUCUAGCAAUGAAAUAUAUGAAAUGUUCUGAGGAUACAAGUGAAGAGCUAACUGAGUUCCAAGAGGCCAGCCGAGAGUAUGAAGCUGAGCUGGAGGCACAACUUCUGCAGACUGAGAGUAGGAACAGAGAUCUUCUCUCGGAAAAUAACCGCUUGCGCAUGGAACUUGAGUCUUUGAAGGAGAAGUAUGAAGAGCAACAUGCAGAAAGCUACCUGCACAUCUCUACACUUGAAAAUGAGUUUUCGCAAACUAGAGCGAUCAAAGAUCAACUACAGAAAUAUAUCCGAGAACUGGAACAAUCUAAUGAUGACUUGGAAAGGGCAAAGAGAGCUACUAUCUUAUCACUGGAGGACUUUGAGCAGCGUUUGAAUCAAGCAAUUGAGAGAAAUGCAUUCCUUGAAAGUGAGCUAGAUGAGAAGGAAAAUGAUCUAGAAUGCAUCCAGAGGUUGAAAGAUGAAACCAGAGACUUGAGGCAAGAGCUAGCAGUGCAAGAAAAGCUGAAACCUUUUGUAAAUGGGAGCCCAGUAACUGAAUGCACUGACACAGCUGUCCAGGCAUCUAUAGCUGAACCAUCAACACCUUUGGGUCAGAAAGUAUCAUUCUCUAGACAAAACUCACCAGUGCAAUUCAGAGCAAGUUUGGAUGAUGGGUACAGUGGGACACCAUUGACACCAUCUGCAAGAAUAUCUGCACUAAACAUAGUUGGGGAUCUUCUUAGGAAAGUUGGGGCCUUGGAAUCUAAACUAGCCUCUUGCAGAAAUUUUAUAUAUGAACCGUCUCCCAGCAAACCGGUGGCUCCCUUGAUGGCUCGAGUUCACACGCUUAGGGAAAGCAAUGAAAACUGUCUCGGCAUGUCUCCAGGUGAAAAGAGGCUCAAAAAAAGACUGGAUUUUGUGGGAUCAGUGUCCCAGAACAUUCCUCUGCAAGGGAUGCACUCUCCUCAGGGUGUAGUCAAGAUGAUACUGUAGGAAAUCGAGCGCCAUGAACAUUACGCUUCAUAUUGGAAAACCACUAAAAUCAAGAAGUUAAAGUUCAUGUACAUUUUUAUAAUAGUGGAUUACUCUAAUGACCACUUAUUUCAAGAAGCCUUCAUUGUGGAGUUCAUGUUUUGUAAUCCUUUCAUCCUACUAAAUUGGAGGUUUUUAAAGAUGGGUGUAAUGUAUGACUCCAAAAGAGGAUUGACGUAUGUGCACACGGCAAAUGGGAAUCUUCGACGUUUAACACCCAAGUUGGAGGACUCUAAUCUGUGGAAUCUAGUCUAAAUUUGGCCUUUUGGUGCUCUGCAUUGACAUACUAGUUGAAGCUGAUUUCUUAUUGGUUACCAAAAGUUACUGCUCUUUCACUUUUACGUCUAGUUCUGUAAACUGUCCCAAACAUAUUUUUAAUACCUUUG